AGAGGAAACCCUAUAUUAAAACAUAUAAGAAAUAUACCAUGGGAAUAUGGCAAUAUUAUACCAGAUUAUGUUAUGGGCCAAGCAACUUGUGCAUUGUUUCUCAGUUUAAGAUAUCACCAACUGCAUCCUAAUUAUAUUCAUGAUAGAUUAAAAAGUUUAGGAAGAAGUUUUGAUUUAAGAAUACUGUUAGUUCAAGUAGAUUUAUCUGAUCCUCAUCAUUUACUAAAAGAUUUAUCUAAAAUUUGUAUAUUAGCUGAUUGUACAUUAAUUUUGGCAUUUACUGCAGAAGAAGCAGGAAGAUACUUAGAAACUUACAAGAUUUAUGAAAAUAAAUCACCAGAAGCCAUCAUGGAGAAGUCAGAUAGUAACUUUAUGACCAAGUUAACUGAUUGUUUUACUACUGUUAAGUCAGUCAAUAAAACAGAUUGUAAUACAUUGAUUUCAUCAUUUAAAACUAUAGAAGAUAUCAUGAAUGCUGAUAAAGAAGAUUUAGGAUUAUGUCCAGGAUUUGGACCACAAAAGGUAUAUUUGAUCAUACAUGUGUGA